AUGGAAGCAAUUGCACUCGUACCAACAAUAGAGGCGCUUUUAGUGCAGGAUUGCAAAGACAAGAAGAAGCAGGCUCUGGAUCUGAUAAUUAAGAACGUGGGCAUGAUUGGCUUUUUACUGAAGGACGCUCUCGCCCAUAUAAACCCAAGCGAGCACCCAGAGGAGAAAGAGCUCUUUCACUUAAUCUCGGCGAUGAUUUGUUUCUACACCCAGCAGUACAGCGAAUGUGUGCAGCACACGAUACUAUCGAAGAACGAGUGGUUCAAGGCAAACAGCAGCCACUGUGCAUCGCUUGAUCUGUACUUCCAAGAGUCUAGAAACAGAGUAAUUCGAAACUACAUCGAGACACAGAAUGAGCACACGCCAGAAAUGAAGGAGUUCAUGCACAUUCUUCUCUCUUCGGAAGAAAACAGCGGGCCCGACGGGUUCUCUCUUCUCGGUCUGCACAUCACCACAAAAAACAUAAGCUCCAUCGAAGAGUUCAUAAAAAGAAACACAAACAUUCUGUACAACGACGCACAAAUGCAGUUUCUCGUGGAGGAAGUCAAAAAGGAGAGAAUAUACUCGAAGAUUCUCCACAUCUUUGAAGACUUCUGGAAGAGCGAUGAAAACGAACGGUACUCUUCAUUCUUCUACAAAGGACUUCUCGAUUCCUAUCUCUCAAAAAAGGACGAAAAGUCGCUGAAAUACCUCCUCAACUAUCUCGCAGAUAAAAAAACAGAAACAGCUCUGUACAUCGCAUUUCUGCUGCACGACCACUCACCAGCCAUUUCGCAGGCUCUCUCUGAGGACAUAAACCACGCAUCGGUCCACUCUCUGCUCUCUGGAAAGUUCCAGUCGGCAAUGUACCAAAAGUUUCUGUCUGAAAAAAACCAGACAAACUUUGCCCUACUUGCAGAGCUGUCAAAGUCGCAGAGCUCCAAGCUCUCCAUGAACCACAUGUCUCUGAGCUUCUGCAACGGCCUUAUGAACUGCAAAACAGCAAAUGACACAUACCUGAGAAAGAAUCUUGAGUGGAUGAGACAAGCAAAGAACUGGUCAAAGUUUGUUGUAGCGUCUUCCUUUGGAAUGAUCCACACAGACAGCGAAGACCCUUUUGAAAUGCUUCGCCACUAUCUUCCCAUGGCGCCUGUGAGAGAGACAGAAAAAGACGACCCAGAAAGCGGAGGCGCACUCUUCGCUCUUGGGCUAAUUUCAGUCAACUCUCCCUCCGUUGCAGACAGCUUCCUAAGCACUUUCUUCGAUGCUGAGCUGGAGAGCAGAAGAAACCACAUUUUGCACGGUGUGUGUCUUGGCCUCGGUCUUACCCGCCUGGGAACCGAUGAUGAAGAGUGCAUUGCGCGAUUCAAGAAUGUUUUGUACGCAGAUGCAGUGACAACCUCUGAAGCAGCAGCCUAUGCCAUUGGCCUAGUGAGUGCUGGAAGAUUUAGCCACUCUUUAGCCAACGAAUUGCUAACGUAUGCAAGAGACACAGAACACGAAAAAAUUUCAAGAUCCGUGGGAGUUUCAGUUGCCCUGCAGAUGAUUUCUGCUGCUUCUUCGGAGCCAUCUGAUGAUCUUCUUAGUUUGCUUGAGGAAAUGCUCACAGACUCCAACUCCAUCCUGCGGUAUACCGGUGCACUCUCCCUCGGUGCUGCAUAUGUUGCCACAGGUGAUCUGUCCGUGGUAGGAAGGCUUUUGUCGAUCAUCAGCACAGAUGCAUCAGAAGAUGUGAAAAAAAUAGCUGUAUUUAGCAUUGGAUUGAUCCUAACCACAAAGUCAGAGACCAGCAAAGACCUCAAUCUCAGCGAAAACUCUGUGCUUUUCAAGGUUCUUGAGCCACUCGCACAGAGCCACUCAGCGUAUGUCCGAUCGGGAGUAGCUCUAGUCCUUGGAAUGUUUUUAGCAGGCUCUGGAAGCAAACAGGCUCUAGAUGUAAUUGAGCUGCUGAUGUACGAUGGAACAGCGUAUGUACGACAGCAUGCGAGCAUUGGCGCAGGAAUGAUCCUGAUGCAGGUGAAUGCAAAGGACGACCCCAUAUACAGAAGAAUAGUUGAGCACAUGCACAGCAUGACCAAAAGAAAAAGCGAAAGCGGUGCAGCGAGGUUUGGAGCACUUCUUGGCAGAUCUCUCCUGGAUGCCUGCGGUAAAAACGGAUUUGUGAGCAUUUUCGGAAUGUCUGGGGAUCUUUCCAUAAAGAGCGUAUGCGGCGCCAUUCUCUUCUCUCAGUUCUGGUACUGGUACCCCCUUGUGCCUUUCCUUACGCUCUGCAUGAAGCCCACUCUGCUUUUGGCAGUUGACACAGACCUGAAAAUAAUUAGCGAUUUCAGUGUGGAGGUAGAGGGAUCUGAGAAAGAGCACCUUAUGACAACUGUAACAACCACAGACCACAAGAAGCAAAGCAAAAAGUUUAAAAUUCUCCCCCUUGGAAAAGAAGAGGAGAAGAAAGACGAGACAGAAGAGAAAGCGCAGAUAGCUGAAAACGAGAUCGAAGAAAAGUCUCACAUUGUCAGUAACUUUGGAAGGUUUACCCCAGCACAGCAGAGAAAGUCGUGCCUUGCCGGCCUGCCUUCGGUUAUUUUCAUGCCAAAGAGCGAAAAUAAGACAGAGCCUGUGGACAUUCCGCAAGAGAUUGAAGGCUCUUCAAAAAUGGAAGAAUAA